AUGGACAUCGCCAUCUGCGCCGGGCUCGGCAUCAUCGAAGCCUUUGCCUUGUCCCUAACAGGCAUCGACUACCCCUAUGGCUUGACCUUCACCCAAACUGCGGGCAUCUGCUUGUUCCUGCAGUAUGUGGCUCUGACCUACUACCGCGUGUUCCUCUACCACAAGUACUUCUCGCCCUUCCGCCAUUUGCCCGGCCCCACGGACAACCAUUUCCUCUUCGGACAGUCCAUCAAGUUCAUGCAGGCCAGCUCUCCAAUUGAACUGUAUGUCAAGUGGAUGAAGCAGUGGCCCGAGGCUCCCUUUAUCCGGUAUCUCACCUUUGGUAACCAGGAGGUCAUUACAACUGACCGCAACAAGGUCGCCAACAGCAUCAGCUCCCACAAGGAAGUCCAGCAGACGCAAUGCUACAACUUUGUCAAGCCCGCCAGCUUCCGCAAAAUCGUCAAGGAGUUCGCGGGCAACGGCGUCCUUCUGCUCGAGGGGGAGGAGCACCGCAUCCACCGGCGCAUGCUCGCAGGUCCCUUGUCGGUGCCCAACAUCCGCAAGCUCCAGCCUAUCUUCCAGGCCAAGUCGCGCGCCCUGUGCGGCGUCCUCGACGCCGCCAUCUCAUCGGGCAACGGCAACAUCGACUGCACCGAGAUCUUCACCAAGGCCACGCUGGACAUCAUCGGCGCCACGGUCCUGGGCCUCGAGCUGGACAACCUGACUUCCGAGACCUUCGCCGCCAAGGCCGGUAGCGUGGCCGACAAGGGCAAGAGCGAGUACAGCUUCCAUGAUGCGUACGAGAUUGUCUUUGCGCAGAGCAUGAUUGGCAAGAUCCUGUUGUUUGCCAACGGUAUCGUGCCUGUGCGGUGGAUCCCCAUCCAGGCGAACCGCGACUGGAAAUUCUGCAACGACUGGGUGCGCAGGAUCCUGCUCAAGAUGAUCCACGACCGUCGGGCCGAGGUCAAGAGGUCGCUGGCGGAUGAGAAGAAGCAGCAGGCCGAGACGGCGUCGCGCGACUUGCUUACGUUCAUUGUGGAGGAGAGCAUGCCCGGCCAUCCGGCGGAGGGACUGAGCGAGGACCACUUCCUUGGCCAUCUCAUGCAAUUCAUGGUUGCCGGACACGCCACCAGCGCCGACACUAUCACCUGGUGCGUCUAUAUCAUGGCCACCAGGCCCGAUAUCCAAGACAAGCUACGCGCCGAGAUCAACGACAUGCUGGCCAAGACUCCCAGCCCGAGCUACAACGACAUCAACGCCUGCUCGUACAUGGAAGGCUUCAUCAAGGAAGCCCUCCGCAUCUACGCUCCAUCAACCUCGCACCACCGCGAAGCCAGCACAGACAUGAAGAUAAACGGCGUCUUCAUCCCCAAGGGCACGACCGUCGACAUCGUCCCCUCCGUCACCAUGCUCAACCCGACCAUCUGGGGCGACGACGCCGACACGCCGGACCCGACGCGCUGGGACAGGCUCGCGGGCGACCAGCUGUCUCCGUACGCGUUCCAGGCCUUCGCCAACGGGUCGCGCAUGUGCAUCGGCAAGAGCUAUGCCAUGCUCGAGAUCAAGGUCGUGCUCAUGGAGAUGGUGCCUCGAUUCCGCUUCUCCGCCGUCGACAAGCCGUUCACUAUUGAGAACCCGGGCUUUGCCAUGCGGCCGAACGGGCUCGAGGUGAGGGUGGAGAGGAUCGCGCAGGAGAUGGCGUAA